UCCUAAACCAGCGAUCAGUCACGAAGAACGUGUCUGAAUCUUUCAAUUAUGUGUCGGAAUUUAUUCAGUUUGUAACCGAAGCAUACAUAAUUGCGUUCGCCUUGGACAAAUUUGGCAAGGACGACAUGGAUUAUGACGGGAUAACGACAACUUCUGAGUUGAUGUCCGUUGCAUGCUCUAUUGUGGACACUAUAUGGUCCCCAAUAGAGCUUAAGGAUGUGGAGGAAAAAGACGAAUAUUGUUUUUGUAAACAAAGCAUCGAUGACGAAGAAACUCCUAUGAUAGAGUGUGAGGGGCAAGAUUGCUCAAACGGGAAAUGGUUCCAUUUUGAGUGUGUCGGAAUGAAGGAAGACACUGUACCGGAGGGUAGCUGGUACUGCAGCGCCGAAUGCAGAUCAAAGCUGUCGUCUUAUUGCUACUGCAAACGACAAAUACAAGAUCAACCUAUGGUGGAGUGCUGCCAUAGUUUGUGCGCAAACGGCAGGUGGUUUCAUGCGAAAUGCAUCGGACUUACAGAAGACACGCUGCCCGGGGAAGUGGGGGAGGGGGUCCCGAUUUGA